AUGAACACCGAUUUAUGCCCAAAACGACACAAUCCGUCUGGAUCAGAAGCCGGCGGAUCUAAAAAACCCGAGAUGAGUGGAUAUUAUCCUAUUUUGGUUGGUCCAAUUUCUGAUGAAAUUGAUGAGUCUGAUGUUGAGCUGGACGAUUCGGAUGUGGUGGCGCCCGAUAAUGAUCCUCCGGUAGAGGCGAGUGAGCUCGAUAAAGCCAUAGAUCUUCUAACCGAAGCAAUCAAAUUGAAUCCAAGUUCGGCUGUGUUAUUCUCAAGCAGAGCUGCUGUCUUUGUUAAACUGAAAAAACCAAAUGCUGCAAUUCGAGAUGCUGGAGCUGCGUUAAAGAUUAAUCCCGAUUUAGCAAAAGGAUACAAAGCACGCGGUAUGGCAAGGGCACUGUUGGGCUUAUGGGAAGAGGCAGAUACUGAUUUGGAUAUGGUUUUGAAGUUAGAUUUUGACGAGGAGAUUAGUGAGAUGGCCGAAAAGGUUAAAUUAAAUGCUGCAAAGAUUGCUAUGCAUCGUGAGAAAUAUGAACGCAUUAGGAUGCAACAACGCAAGAAAGGAGAAAACACUGAUACACUCAAGAAGGGAGAAGUGAUUAGGAUCCAAAAUGCCGAAGAUUUGGAUGCUUACCUGGAAGUUGCUUUAGAAUUAUCUCGAUUAGCAGUUGUUUACUUCACUGCAGUGUGGUGUGGGCCUUGUCGAUACAUUGGCCCAGCAUGUGAAAGAUUGGCUUCGAAAUUUCGGAAUGUUAUGUUCUUGAAAGUUGAUGUUAAUGAGGCUAAGGGAGUGGCUGCAGAGUGGAAUGUUGGAAGCAUUCCGAGCUUUCAUUUGUGGGAAUGUGGUGCGACUGUUGAUCAGGUCACUGAUUGCAAUAUGUACUCGCUCGAAAGGAAAAUCGCACAGUAUAGCGCGUGA